AUGCCCAUAAAGAAAUGUGAAAUCGGUUGGAUGUAUCAUACAAAUAAAAAGCCAUGCAACGAUCACAAACCGGAACCCCCUAUAUCUUCAAUUCCCGGAAUUGGUCUACAUCCUGAUGACCUAAGUUGUGAGACGUCUUUAAAGGCUCGAACUAACUUGCGCUCGACAGAUACACCCUUUAUUCGUCUUCAAAAACUUGGUGGAAGAAGAAAUCUUCUCUGUUUUCGGGAGAAUGAAGUACAACCACUCUCAGAGAAGAUUUAUUCGGAGAGAAACAUUGAAUGUGAACAAAAGGAAGCAAAUUUAAGAAAAUCGGAUUAUAUAUUCAAAGUUCCCCUAUAUAUGCAGCAUCCAAUAUCUUGCAUACAAGUUCAACAGCAAGUUCAAUCUCAGAAAAUAAUUGAAAAUCCUUGCCUAAACUCAUCUAAAGUUGAACGUAAAAAAUGUCCAAAAUCUAAAGUAUGGAAUCCGUCAAUUAGUCGACCGGGAUACUCCGAAUACAAUCGCAACUUACCUCCAUAUUCCUUUGUCCGUAAAGAAUUUAUUUAUCCUGAAGCAAUUAAGUAUUACAAGUCUGUUUGCUUCCGUGCACGAGCAGCAAGGCAAUUCUUAGCCAAUCAUUAUUCUCUGACGUGCCUACCUUGCCUUAGUAGCUCGUCCUACAUACCAGUUACAAAAGCGUUUUAUUCUGCCAUGGGGCUGAUGACUAGAAAUGUUUCAAUUCUUCCUUACGGUUAUUUCAUUUUUCUCUUCCUCAUCCUUAUCACUGCGUCUGAUAAUACGCAAUAUCCGACUCCUGUUGAGUAUAAUGUCUAUGACUCUCUAAAAUCUGUGAAUCAUGGUGUCAGAAAUUUUACCUUUAGGAGCCAGCGGGACGUAAUCUUGAAUACAAUAUUCAAAAACUAUAAGGCCCAUGAGAGACCUACUGAAUUUCUUGAUGAAUCUACAGUAGUGAAGGUUAACAUGAAGAUUCUUGCCAUCUUUUCGGUGGAUGUGAGAAAUAUGGAUUAUUAUGUGGAUGCAUUGCUUCGUCAGACAUGGAUGGAUCCACGUUUGAAGUGGGAGCAUCUGCCUGAACAUUCUUCCUACUCAACUCCUAUUGUCUCUCCAAAUCUGAAAGAACAGGUUUGGCUCCCAGAUCUCUUCUUUCGAAAUGGCAAAGACGGAUACUUGCAUAAGAUGACACUACCUAACUACCUUCUGCGUGUUUAUCCGAACGGGAAAGUUCUUUAUAGUCAGAAAAUAACGAUGCGUUUUGAUUGUCAAAUGGAAUUGCACAAUUUUCCAAUGGAUGAACAAGUUUGUGAUAUCAAUAUUGGUUCCUAUGGUUAUACUCUUGAUGAACUGCGUUUUGACUGGACGGACAAAAAUGCCCUUGAGCUUCAAAAGGAUCUUCAAAUCUCAGAGUUUAAUUCACCUCCUAAUCAUACCAUAAUUGACUGUACUGAAGAGGCGUCUACUUCCACAGGUAAUUAUACCUGUCUUCUUGUACAAUUUCACCUAUCUCGACAACUGAGUAGCUACUUGGUAACAACCUACAUUCCAAAUGCCCUCAUUAUCAUGGUAUCUUGGGUGAGUUUUUGGGUUCCUGCAGAUGCUGCACCUGCAAGAGUUCCGCUGGGUCUACUCUGUCUCCAGGGUCUUUGCACACAGGCCGUAUCGAUUAGUUCGAGCCUUCCUCGGGUCUCUUACACAAAAGCCAUCGACGUGUGGCUUAUUUGUUCAAUUAUUUUUGUAGUGAGUGUAAUGGCGGAAUAUGCUUUGGCUCUCACUGUUAUUAAUCGUGAACGUUUGUCCGUUUGGCGUUUAACUGUUCGACGAAUCGUACGUGAGGAGCUGGCGCACUGGUGGAAAGCGGUGUACACUAUAGAGUUCUCUAAAAGGUCAAAUCGUGGAGCCCUUGUCACCAAGCAGCAAUCCGAUGUCUUCAACCAUGUGGUCACCAUUCUCUCAGACAAGAAUGACCUUGUUCUCCCUAAAACGAAUUUUCGAAUGCUCGGAGAAGCAGAAUCAUUUGUGGAUGGUUACAGUCGCAUAGACCUUCCAGAUCAACCUGAGAGUUUAAGGGACCUCCUCACUCAUAAGUACGCUGAGAAAGACUACAGACAGCAGAGGAAAUUAUGGAGCGAAUAUAUGAAUAAGUUGAAUGAAAUUGAUCACUGCCAAACGACAUCGUCUGUAACGACUGUGACAAGUCGAUUCACGGCUCCUAAAGCAGGGAAAAAGAACCCACCUAAGCGUGAAGAUAACAUUUUAUUUUAA